AAAUGUUUGCAAUUUGUACAUAAGUACAUAUUUCCAUGAAUCACACAUUUUACAUCCAGAGGUUUUGUUUUCUAAACAUUCUAAGAUAUAGCAUAAAACAUGUAAUAAUAAAAAACAUGUCAAAGACCUCUUGACAGACACACUUAACUUGUUAUUGUGGCAUUAAAUAUCAACUGCAUAAACAUUUCUGGAAAUGAUGUGUAAACGUUUAAUAAAUCUUAGAUGUGUUUGUUUUCUCAGAUGUUUUUUUAAAAUGAUUAUUUCAAACAUUCCCCAUCUUGUGGCAACAUGUGACAAUUACUGUGUCCUCUAGGUCAGCAGCUGUAUUCUCACCUUUAGCGACAUGCUUUUAAAAAAAGAGACCUACUGCAAGAAAUACCUUCAAAAAGUCAUCUUUAAUCUGUUUACUCUGUUUUAGUUUUUCUAAAAUGUAACCUAUUGCACUUAUUAUACUGUUAAAAUCAGUUGCACGUAAUUGUAGCUGCAAUCCAGUUAGACACAAUAUGCUGCUGCCAAACCCUGCAUACACAGUGUGUACCCUGCACACAUACAUUUAGCCACAAGAGGGCGCCUGUUAGCAGACACAUCAUCCUCCAGCUCAUACUGUAUGCAGUCUGUCUGAUACCAUGAAAUUCACCAACAUUUUUUGUGGGGGUCAUUCAUCUAUUCUGGCUUUCAUAGCAAAGUUGUGUAAAGACUUCAUAAAGAUAUCUCUGUGUGCUAACAUGUGUGAAGUGAAGUGAUUUCAUUACAUAAUAUUUUUGUGUCACGUAAUAGAAAUCCACAGUCCGGCUGUGUGACAUACUUUCUGUUUAGCAGCAGGUUUCAAUCAUUAGUCAAGGAACAGGAGAGAAUGUCUGACAGGGAGAAACUGUCACACUAGUUGAUUGAUUUUCCAGCAGGGGAAUUUUUCAAAACACAUUUCUAUUGGCCCACAAAGCCAUAUGUACAUGUAAUGUGAGAGUGGUUUAUUUAUGGCAUGGAUGUUGCUCAUGAGGUCAAAACCUUCCUGGACCACAAACAUGAAACUGUCCAGUGGUGUCGUGUGUGUGUGUGUGUGUGUGUAUGUGUACCUGAGCCAUGGCUUGGCUUGCUAGAGAUAUAAGCUGAAUUUUGAAUCUUGCGCUGUGAUGGUGGAUAAAAUGCAUCAAAAAUAAAGAACAAAAUGGUCAUGAGAAAGAAAUGGUGUGUUAGUGCUUUUACCAGGCAUAAACACAGAAUAAGACAAGGCUGUAUUUCUGAAACCUCACACAUAAAAAAUAAUAAUAAAAGAGAGAUUUGCGUUGCGUCCACUAAAGAUAAGAAAAAGCCAAAAAGGCAGUUUUGAUCUUGUCUGUGGCCCUAUAUAGGAACACAGACUGCAUUAGACUAAGGCCCUAUUUAGACCACUGGAAAAAUCUCCAAUCCUUCCAGAGAGCCUGCAUUCACAUUUAGAUCAACUAUAGAUAGACAUUUGUAUCGACUCAUAACACUGAUUAUCUGACCAUAAGUUAAUGGGAGCCUGGGCUAACAAGCUUCAACUCAUUCUCAGAAUUAGUCAACAAACUGCAAAAUGGACUGUGAACCUUAAGAUGUGUGUGUCAUACAUGUGUACCUGAGUCUAGAGCUGGCUGCAUCUUGACAGAAUCUGUUUAACAUAAAUAAGUCACAUGAAGACACAUGGUCAUGUAGUUAUGGUUAUCUGGCUAUGGGAAGAUGAGGCCUCAGAGCUGUUAUACAUAUAUGUGCACGCUAUAUGCACAUAUACAUGUAUACAGUGAGAGUGAGACAGGACAGCAGCGGUGCGGAGCUGCAGCUGAAGGUGUCACUGCUGACCGCACGGCUCGGAGCUGUCCACUGCCCGUGGUGCUGAAGAGCAGAGAGACACGGUGCACUUUACUGUCGCUGCGGGCGCAAAAUUCUAAUUAUACGCUUAAAUAGGCCUAUUAAAUCCACCUCAUACACAUGACCUACACUUGUGACAGAUCAACCAGGUGGCAGACACCAAGUUGGGAAAUCAAUUUGAACAAGUCUAUCGACUGGAUUUUUUGCGGGGUUUAGUUCUGGUAAUAUGAUCUCGAUGAAGUCUAUAGUGUCCUUAUCCACGGGUUGUGCCCCAGGCCGGUUACACAGCAAGUGUGUGUGUGUAUGUGUAUGUGUUACUGGAUGGAGCCAGGACAGCUAACGGGAAAAUGCAGAUUUUUUCUCUCACUUUAAUAUGUUUUAUUGCCACUCGGGAAUGUUCCCCCCCUCGGUGUGUGGUCAGGAGAUUUGAUCAAAGUCAAAUAAAGCUGCAGCCCAGUUAGACGGAACAUGGCGGAGGCGGUUGACACAGGAGGCGACCAUGGCUCUGCUCAGUCUGACGAUGAAUACGAGUGCAAAAUCUGCUACAACCACUUCGACCUGGACCUCCACACUCCCAAACUGCUGGACUGUUCUCACACCUUCUGCCGGGAGUGUCUCGAAGCUUUGCACUCCCGGGAUGGUCGCGGAUGGAGAAUCGGUUGCCCAGUGUGUCGCCACCGAACUCCGGUACCGGAAUAUCGGGUUCAAAACCUCCCGGACGACACCGUAUUAACCGAAGCCAUUGUGCUUAAAACGCUUGAGCCUGUAUCCUCGUCAAACACAGACGUCCAGACAGGUCCAGCCGUGCCUUCAGCCGGCUCCCAGCAGGGCGACGACAGCUGUCGGACUUGCAAACAGGUUGCGUUUGCGACCGGUUGUGUGUGCGCCAUCUUCUCCUUCCUGUCCACGGUGGUGCUCCUAUUUCUGGGCCUCAUCCUUGUACAUAACUUCAAGAACAUUACGCCUCGAAGUGGCCCUGCGUGUCUAUUUGUCGCCAGUGUUCUCGCCCUGUUCUCGCUCAUUCUCACUUGGUUGUUGUGUAUGUUACGUACCGACCUGAACCUGAAGCCAGCAGCUUCAGUUCCCUCACUGAUAUAAAGUGCUUCUCUGGCUGGCUGCACAGCUAGGAAACACCAGCCUACUGGGGACAAUAAAAAGGGAAAAUUAUAAAGAUAUUGUUUAUGUCAUAGUAGACUAUUUAAGGGAAAGCACUUGUGUAAAUAAUAAAGUAAAUUAUGGCUGAAUUCCAUUUAGCUACUUCAGUUGCAGGGUUUUGGUAUUGCUGGCUCACUGUCAUGACUGGGACACAACAGAAUAAUUGUUUUAUUAUGUUAUUGACAUAAUAUUUGUGCUUUUUCUACUACGGCAAGUCAAAGUGUCUGUUGUGAAAAAGGUCUGGUUUGUGCACAUUUAAACAAUAUCUACAGCAUAUAGAGUAAAGCUACUAUACCAUAAGUUUGGAUGCAGUCCAUACGUGUUGUUUACUUGCCUUACAUGAUGCACUUUUUGUAUGCAACUCUAUAUUUUUAUUGCACUUGGGUUGCUUGUUUGAUUGUCAUAAUGUACAGAUAGUCAGAUUAUGACAAAUGUUUGACAUCUAACAGCUUUAAAUCACUGAAAGAGCAUAUAAACUGCUGUUGCUAAUGGGAAAAAAUAGAAUUAAAAUGAAUUAUAGGAAGAUUUCUCAUUACAGCAGUAUCCUCCCCUCCUCUCCUCACACAUUUGUUUCCUGCACUGAUAUUAUUUCUAUGACAGGUUUUUUUAAGGUGUUUGGGGACCUACAAUGCAAGCAGGUGUAAUAUGUGUACUGUAAUCUCAUGCAAUCGCAAUUAUUAACAGCAUGACCUAUUGUGCCAAUGAUAGAACCUGAUUGACUCCCCGUGGUGGAACAGGUCAGCAGGGGAUCCCAGGCCAAUGACCCUGAGGGGACAGAAGCCUUCACAAGAUGAGAGAAAUAACUUUGGGGUAGGGGGCCAAAAUAAGUAGUGUUGUAAAGCAGUGAGACAAUGGAAGUGCAGAUGACCUCCUAGGGGUCUUAAAUCAUCUGAUGGCUUAAGUUUGUUUUCCAAAGUCAUAUAAACUGCAAGAGGAUGCAAAUUCUACUAACGACUUGGCCAACGCCCACAUCUCAGGUUGAGUGAUUACCGAUGUGGCAGCUGAGUGAAUUUUUGAGCUGUAAUGAAAAAUAAGACCUUUUCAAUAUGUAUUUUGCACCAAUAUGUCUAUGCAAAGGUACUCAGAUGUGUGGUUUCUUAAACAAAUUUCAACUUAAAACAUAUUUAGGUUAAAUAUUAAAUGAUUUAACAUAUACAUUGUACACAUGCUUCCUCUUUCUUUCCUCUGUGCUGCUUCUUGUAGUAUUGUAAAGCACAGGUAACCCUUCUGAAUAAACUUUGCA